AAACAUAAUUUUGGGUUUGUGAUUGAUAUUUUGAGCAGUACGACGGAACAAUUAGAGCCACAAUCAGUCAUUCCUUCCUAGCGAAAUCCGUGCCAUAUCCUGGAGAUGAAAUCACUGGCACCAUAUUCACUUGGGACUUGCCUGACUUCCCUGCAACCCCAAAAGGGUAGUAACUAUUCAUCACCUCUUCCAUUCUCUGCUGUCCAAGUCCAACCACUAGUACUCUUACAAAAUGAGACCAACCCAACCACCCAGUUCAAGAGAAGAGAUGCAAUAGGCCUUUCCUUAAGUUUUGGCCUUCUUCAUAAUUUCUUGCAAUCACAACCCACGUCAGCUUCAGCAGCUGAAGCAGUUCCAUGUGAAUUAACAGUAGCUCCUUCAGGCCUUGCCUUCUGUGAUCAAAUUGUGGGAACUGGUCCUCAGGCUCUUAAGGGACAGCUUAUUAAGGCACAUUACGUUGGGAAAUUGGAAAAUGGGAAAAUUUUCGACAGCAGUUACAAUCGUGGCAAGCCACUUACGUUUCGUGUUGGUGUUGGAGAGGUCAUCAAAGGAUGGGAUGAAGGCAUUUUAGGAGGUGAUGGAGUACCUCCCAUGCUUGCAGGAGGGAAACGUACAUUGAAGCUUCCCCCAGAACUUGGAUAUGGCUCAAGAGGGGCUGGUUGUAGAGGAGGUUCAUGUGCCAUUCCUCCUGAUUCGGUACUCUUAUUCGAUGUUGAGUUCAUUAGCAAAGCCUGAUUUACAAAGCCACGCGCGUCAAACUACCUUCCUUUUUCUUGGAGACUCGGGCUUAGAUUUAUAUUGUUUUCUAAUUUAUGUUUGUAUGUGUGACUCUGUGUGUGUUUUCAAUCAUACAGCAUUUAUUUACUUUUUUUUUUUUCUUUUCA